CAAAGAGUCGGUUCUUAGAGCUGAAUCGCUCCGACCGAACCGUCACUGGUUCACACAUGUGUAAACAACAUGGCGGCGUCUAUGCACCGUGUGGGAGCAGCCGGAGGACAAUUAGUGAGGAAAUUACUGUCCAGGACGAGCUCAGUCACACAGUUUACUCGACACCGGGCCGCGGUAGCAGCGACUGAAGUGGCGCUAAACGUCCCGGAGACGAAGGUUACAGCGCUCGAUAACGGACUGAGAGUGGCAUCUGAAGACUCCGGGCUCGCGACCUGCACGGUCGGUCUGUGGAUUGAUGCCGGGAGUCGUUAUGAGAAUGAAAGGAACAACGGAACAGCCCAUUUUCUGGAGCACAUGGCCUUUAAGGGCACAAAGAAGCGCUCUCAGCUAGAUCUGGAGCUCGAGAUCGAGAACAUGGGAGCUCAUCUGAACGCCUACACUUCCAGAGAGCAGACAGUCUAUUAUGCCAAAGCAUUCUCUAAAGACCUGCCCAGGGCUGUAGAGAUUCUUGCGGAUAUUAUCCAGAACAGCACACUGGGAGAGGCUGAGAUUGAGCGCGAGCGUGGAGUCAUCCUUCGAGAGAUGCAGGAAGUGGAGACCAACCUACAGGAAGUUGUAUUUGACUACCUGCAUGCCACAGCCUAUCAGGAGACUGCACUAGGAAGAACCAUUCUCGGCCCUGCAGAGAAUAUCAAAACAAUAAACAGAGCAGAUCUUGUGGAGUACAUCACAACUCACUACAAGGGGCCAAGGAUCGUGCUGGCUGCAGCUGGGGGAGUGUCCCACAAUGAAUUGAUUGAUUUGGCUAAAUAUCACUUUGGAAAGUUGCCAGCCAGAUACAAGGGUGAAGCGCCUGCAUUACCUGCCUGCGGAUUCACAGGAAGUGAGAUCCGAGUCAGAGAUGACAAGAUGCCGCUGGCUCACAUAGCGAUUGCUGUGGAGGCAGUGGGCUGGUCUCACCCUGACACCAUCCCUCUUAUGGUGGCCAACACACUGAUUGGAAACUGGGAUCGCUCCUUUGGUGGUGGUGUGAAUCUGUCCAGUAAGCUGGCUCAGAUGGCGUGUCAGGGGAACCUGUGCCACAGCUUCCAGUCCUUUAACACCUGCUACACUGACACAGGGCUGUGGGGGCUCUACACCGUCUGUGAGCCCAGCACCAUCAACGAGAUGAUGCACUUUACACAGCUUGAAUGGAUGUCUCUGUGCACUAGUGUGACAGAGAGCGAGGUAGCACGAGCAAAGAACCUCCUGAAGACCAAUAUGCUGCUUCACCUGGAUGGUUCUACACCCAUCUGUGAGGACAUUGGGAGACAGAUGCUGUGCUACAGUCGCAGAAUCCCACUGCAUGAGCUGGAAGCCAGGAUAGAUGCCAUAGAUGCAAAUACCAUCAAGGAAGUGUGUAUGAAAUAUAUCUUCAACAAAGCACCAGCAAUUGCAGCUGUCGGACCCAUCGAGCAGCUUCCAAACUACAACCGAAUCAAAAGUGGGAUGAACUGGUUGAGAACCUGAGAGAAACAAAAACAACUUCACACUGCCUGUAAAUUCACAUCCAAGUAUUUAUGUAGUCUGUGCAUUUUCCUUUAAUUUUAUUAUAAAAUAAAGACCAACACAAUAACGUUAAAAGAAAAUGGA